UGAUGAUCCAUGUAUCCAUUAAUGGCAGGGUGCAGGCUAUAUUCUAUUUAUUUUAGGGUUAUUCUAACAUGCCCAUAAAUAUAAGGUGGCUUAUAAUGGCAUCAACAGAGGAAUAUACAGACUACAUCAGCCUAUAACCUGGAUAAUCUCGCAAGGCCUUUUGUUUACUACGAGGAAUCGAAGAUCAAACCUGCCGGCUGCAAAUGUGAGCUUCAAAUUGCACAGUAGUAGCGGCCUUUGCAAUGUAAAAGCCAAACGCACAGGCAGAUCUGAAGAAUGGUGUUUCAUCUCUCAUGCACUCUGUAGGGCAGCUCUCAUGAUGCUGCCAAGCAGUGCUGCGCUGUGUGAGAAAUCAAAGCGCAGGCGUCGAGUCGGGAGGGAGCCUAUCUUGCGCAGACUAGGUACUGUACAUGGCCAUUGAUGCUGCUGGAUAGAUGUAGCCCCUGAUGUAAAUAAGAAUGGCGAGAGGAGCGGGUCUAACAUGCCGCGUUAUCUCUGCUUGACAUCGGAACAUUUUUAUGCCACCAUCGGGAUUUUAUAAAACGCGUGGCCCCCCUUUUUUUUCCCUCUCGUAUUGAAUCCUGCCUUAACAGCUCGCCUGAUGAUUUUCAUUUGACACAAGAGCCACAGCAGACGGGCGGCUUCUUCUAAUAAACACUCGGGAAAAACAGGUCAUUAUGACCUUAGUAUCCUCCAGUAAAAGAAAACGAUCGGAUUGCUUUUACGCGGCAGCAUUCUGCUUGCAUCUUUUCCUUUGGAUUCCGUGUGCCGUGUCCGGAGAGAAGUAUCAUUUCAACGUUGAGGGAUGGCUACAGAGGUAUGGCUACCUUCCCCGCACAGAACCGGGAAUGUCAGUCCUGCGCUCGGCCCGUACCAUGCACUCAGCUAUCGCUGCCAUGCAGCACGUUUAUGGUCUCAAUGUCACAGGGACACUGGAUGAGAAAACCAAGGAUUGGAUGCAAAAGCCUCGCUGUGGCGUUCCAGACAAAUUUAAAAGUGUUUCGAGGUCACGGAAGAGGAGGUACGCGCUGACAGGACAGAAGUGGCAGCGUACACACAUCACCUACAGCAUAAAAAAUGUCACGCCAAAGGUGGGCGCCCGGGAGACUCACGAUGCCAUCCGGCGGGCGUUUGACGUGUGGCAGGGGGUGACUCCCCUACGCUUCGAGGCCGUUCCAUACAGCGCCCUGGAGACUGGCAGGCGUGACGUGGACAUCACCAUCAUCUUCGCUUCGGGUUUUCAUGGCGACAGCUCACCGUUCGAUGGGGAGGGGGGAUUCCUCGCCCACGCCUAUUUCCCAGGCCCGGGCAUAGGCGGGGACACACACUUUGACUCAGAUGAGCCCUGGACCCUGGGGAACCCCAACCAUGAUGGUAACGACCUGUUCUUGGUUGCGGUGCACGAGCUGGGUCAUGCCCUCGGUCUGGAACACUCUAACGACCCCACUGCUAUCAUGGCUCCUUUCUACCAGUACAUGGACACAGAGAACUUCAAACUACCUCACGAUGACCUACAAGGCAUCCAGAAAAUCUAUGGUCCACCAGAUAGAGCGCCGCAGCCAACCAGGCCUCCACCCACUGUCCCUCCGCCUCGCUUCCACCCUCCUUCAGACCCCCGUAAGCACGAUCGCCAUGCCAGACCCCAUCGGCCUCCACAGGGGGCAAAGCCCUCCAACCCCAACUCCAAACCCAACAUCUGUGAUGGAGGCUUCAACACCCUGGCCAUCCUACGGCAGGAGCUUUUUGUGUUCAAGGACCAGUGGUUUUGGAGGGUACGGGAUAACUCUGUGGUCCCUGGCUACCCCAUGCAGAUCAACUACUUCUGGAAAGGCUUGCCCGCCAAAAUCGAUGCUGUGUAUGAAAAUAGCGAAGGGAAGUUUGUUUUUUUCAAAGGAAACCGUUUCUGGGUCUUCAAGGACACGACUCUGCAGCCUUCGUACCCUCAGGACAUCUCACUGUUCGGGAGCGGCAUGCCCACUCAGAGUAUCGAGACAGCUGUCUGGUGGGAGGAUGUCGCCAAAACCUACUUCUUCAAAGGAGACAGAUAUUGGAGAUACAAUGAGGACAUGAGGACCAUGGAUCCAGGUUAUCCCAAACCCAUCACCGUCUGGAAGGGCAUCCCUGACUCUCCACAGGGGGCUUUUGUGGAUAAGGCCAAUGGCUUUACCUACUUUUACAAAGGAAAGGAAUACUGGAAGUUCAACAACCAGCUGCUUCGUGUGGAGCCUGGCUACCCGAGGUCCAUCCUGAGAGACUUCAUGGGCUGCGACGGUCUACCUGCCGACCCCGACUGGGACUGGAGCCCCCCGGUGGCAGAGGAACGCCACUACGACAAUGGCGACGUGGACGUUGUCAUCAAACUGGACAGCACAGGGGGCACGGAGAAAGCAGUGGCCAUCGCUAUCCCCUGCGUCCUGGCGCUGUGCAUGAUGGUGCUCCUCUACACCGUUUUCCAGUUCAGGAGGAAGAGCACACAGCGCCACAUACUGUACUGCAAGCGCUCCAUGCAGGAGUGGGUCUGAUAGACUGUUACUGCACUGUAUAAAGAAAGGUAUGCAGCUCUGACAAAGGUCUAGUUAAUACUUGAAGCCCUAAGUACAGUAAUUGGACACACUCUAAAGGGUGCAGUGCAUAAGGAUUGCCAUGUUGGCAGAUUUAAGAACUACUUGUAACGUGCAAGCUGCAAGGAAGUGAAACGAUCAGCAGAACUCGACUGAAGGCAGUGUGGGAGCCACAUUUCCUGUGUCCAACUAAUAUAUAUGUAUCUGCUUUGACUUUUUUCUGUAUCUUGGAAUGAACUCAAUUAAGUGAGACAGAGUUAAGCUACUGUAAGUGGGACCUUUGUCUAUCCUCGUCUCUGCACGCCGCUUAAAAAGCCCCUUAGCACUAACUUCAGUGGACAAAUUAGAUAUAGGCUUCUACUUUACUUUCAUUUCUUAAUUAAAUUGUUCUGAGCUGUGCUUUUUUAUUAUUAUUAUUAUUAUUAUUAUUAUUAUUUUGGGUCCCUGUAAAAGAUUAUUCAUUGUGUGGAGGACUGAUACACAAACCAAAUAUGACCUUUUCUUCCAAAGAGGAUUACUGCACGAUGUUGUUUUUGAUGGGAUAUUUUUUCCUCCGUGGAUCGAACAUUGUGGCAUCAUACUCAGAUUUUCUUUUGCCAUUGGUAUUCACAUCCAUCCGUCUGCUCUGUAAUCUGUGGGGAUAGGAGACAGCUGUAAGUAAGCGCUAGGAACUCAAGACUGUGGUGGAAGUCCAUCUCCAAAACAGGAGCCAAAAACCUCUCUGCAAUAUUUAUGAGACUGCCUUAAUCACAGAUUGCUUCAACUCCCUUCUCUUUUUCUCUGUUCCUCCGGUGUGGAAGCUGGAUACUGAGUGGCACAGUAAGAAUGCAAACAACGUACGAAGGCAUAAAUUACUGCCCAUAAUGCAAUUUCAAAACCAGUAAUUAAGGACAGAUUGAUCCACAAUGGGUUCAGUGCUCUUGAAAAUGUGCUAGGCUGUGCUAAAUAUCUGAUGGCAGGUAGGCUUUCGUUUAAUGCCUCACCGGAGGGUACGAGAGAGGAAGGGAAGGUUAGUUGUGUGUGUGUGAAAGAGACAGUAAUUACCAACACUACACAUGUGCUGUAGUGUCAGUUAUUGAACAGCUAACAUCUACUGCUUCCUGUUUUUUUUGUUGUCCUGCUAAGUUUGGGCACUAAUUUGGACAUGCAUUGUAAACAGCUUUACUGACACAUAUUUUGUUUUUGUUUUUUUUCCUGACUGUAUACAGUGUUUGUAAGUUUACAUAACAUUUCACAUUGCACAGGGUGCAGAGAAGAAGAACAAAGGGGGUAUAUAAAAAAAAAAAACAUGCGUCUAGUCAAAACCAACACAUUGACCUUGUAUCAGUCUGAGAAAAUGCAAAGUGAACCUUUGCUAUAAAGAAGAAAACAUAUCUAAACUAUAGAAAGAAUUAAUUCACAGAAACAAAGAAAUUUAUUAUAGUGUCCGAUAGUGGAACCAGGUGGUAUUCUGCACUGUUAAUGUAAUUAUCCCAUAGCUAUACAAAAAUACUUAUGUCACAUUAACAAAGUACUAAUUAAUGUUAAUGGAACUACUCUAACAUUGUUGAAAUUAACAGGAAUAUGAAACCAAAACCAGCUAAAUUACAUCUGAUGACAAAUAUUUUACACGUAUAUACAAAUAUAUCACAAUCUAUGAUGUCACUUAAAUAUAUAUAUGACAUCAUGCUUAAAACAUAAUAUAUUUCAAUGAGUUUAAUCAGCCAAGUAUGAGAAACAAUUACAUAACAACAGGCAGACUCUCUCCGCGGUGGGAUGGAGCUAACUGAGCAGGAGCUUUUUCUAUCCCUCAUGUUUGUAUUAUAAAUGCAAUAUGCAGCCUGCGCCCUAAUGAAAAAUAUUGACUCGCAAUUGCCUUUGACUCCUGCCAUACUUGUUACUCUGUGGUUGUGUGGUGUAGCGUUUCUCAGAGUUUAGCAGAUUACCAGAUGUGAUUUUUUUUUAAUAUAUAUAUAUAUAUUUUUGAUUUUGCUGCUGUUUUUCUUUGAAAAACUCAUCAAGACCGACUGUACAGGCAUCACUGACUUUAUCUUCUGUUGAUAGCAAGGCAGUGCCAUUUUAGAACAUAUCACAGAGGGAAUUACAGCUUUUAAAAUGUACGUCUUCUCAAAUCUAUGAGCUAUCUAAAGAGGGGCAAAUGGGUUGGAACUUAAUCAUUCAUUUGUAAGGGAUACAAACUUAAAACCUACACGAGGGCAACGCAUGUCUUUCUUAGACUAAGAUGUCAUUCUGUUCCUCAUUGAUCAUUCGGACUAUGUUGCACUGCUCAGUUUUUCCUGUUAUGGUUAAAUGAAGUGAUCAGCAUUGCAGGUUCCUGUUGGAUGCGUUUACAGAUCCAAACUUUAGAUUUAUCAAACCAUGUGAAAUUACUAGCUCCCGGUCUGUACUCCUGUUCCAGUCUCCUGGCGAUUCUGAGAAUGGAAGAAAACGUUCACAUGUUGAAGAAAGGAAACACCUUUGCUUUCCUAAAGCAUUGCUGAAUUGCACACCACACAUCAGUCAGUCCACGUUGAUCCAUGACCAUUGUAAUUUAAGGUGGAAGCAAAAAAACUUUGGCUCAGUGUUGUGUGUGAUGUCUUAUCAGUUUGUGUGUUUGUGGUGAGGGUCUGAUGGCUCCAGCGUGUGGGAGCUAAAAAUGGCCAGUGAGGCGAGUCAGUACUAUAUUUAUUGCCGUAUUUAUUCCUCAGCACUUCAAAUCUUACAUUGGACUGUAAUGAGGACAAGAAGCUGUCAAUAAAGUGGGUUUGAAAUGCAGCGUUUUUUUCUUUUUCUACUUUUGCCACUACAAAGUAAUCCUCCUCCUUCUGUAACUGCCUCAACAACAAACAAAUCAUCUGGUGUAAAUGUCUUUCCAGCUUUGAGAGGAAAAUUACAAACUUGAAAAGGUUACAUUUUGACCUUUUUUGGCCUUUUAAAUCAUCUGACAAAUUACCUGACAUUUUAGAUAUGCAGUAAGAGCAGGAAGUCUCAAUGCUCUGACCUGUCCCUGUUUAUCUCCAGACUCCUCAGUGCUUUUUGUGUCUGCCUUGACACACGCUGCUAAGCAUUAGUCAUUAAAUGAGGGAAGUAGAUUAGACAGCAGUCGAUACACCAGAGAGGCAAGGAUGCGGAAGAGAUGAGGAGCAUUUGCAAUAAUUGCAAUCGAUAUCAGAUACAAGCACUAUGCUUGAAGGUACAGUGUAUGUGAAGUACACGUAUUGCAUAAUAUGUACAUACAGACUGAGUGUACACUGUCUGCUUGGGACAAUUUUGAAUCCAUCCAUUCCAUGAAUAAAGAAAACGCUGUGUGUUGUAAAUAUACAUGUGCAUAACGAGUGUGUCCUUGUAUCGUGAUCUAACACACAAACCAGACACUGGUGAAAGGUUUUAUAGGUUUUAUAGUCAUCUUCUCGAGCAAAGUGACAGCAUGACGAUGCACCACAACAAGCUAGGCUUGUUAAGCUGCCACAUUAAAGAAGUAAUGUAAUAAUUCUGGCACUACAUUUCAAGAUUGCAUUUUGGC